UUAAGUAUCACUUUGUAUCUAUACCAUACUCAAUAUUUCUACUAGGCUACUAUAGGCUACUAUCCGCCUGACACAAGACAGACCUGUGUGACUGGUCUAGUAACCGCUUGGUGCCGCCUGUGGGAGAAACACGGAAGAAGAGUUCAUUCAAGGCGUUUAGGGAUACGCGCGGACAAAUGUACACGAGCUUCUCCCGGUAAACAUGCUCCCGUGAUGCUUCUCCAAUGCGCCCUCGCGUUUUACUCUCAUUCGCAGCGGUUUUAAGUGGAGAUGCCUGGAAACACAUUACUGCAUGGACUGAUUCUCUUGUGUUCAAUUCACACGCUCGUGCUCGCCGAAAAACCGGGAACAGUGUUGCAUGUUUCUCCGUGAAACUGUAGAAUGGCUUCCAACUCAUCAACCUUUCAGAUGAUGGCUGUGGUCAUUAUGUCCUUGGCCAAGAGAGUGGUGUCCUGUCCUCCGAGAACUAUCCGGGAACUUACCCAAACAACUCCUGGUGUGAAUGGCGAAUCCGCGUACCCAUUGGUCACACUAUUGUCCUCAAGUUUGGAGACCUGAACAUGGAGAAGAAGGACUGUGAGUCUGACUAUUUGAAGGUUCUGAAAGGAUCGUAUGGGGCAGAAAUCGUUUCCUGGGAGUACUGUGGUGGUCUGAUGCCCAAGCCUGCACCGAUUCACACGGACUCCAGCGAACUGACCGUCCGCUUUCGUAGCAGUCAGCAUAUCUCUGGAAGAGGAUUCCUGCUUUCAUACUCCACAGAAAACCACAAAGAGCUGCUGACAUGCUUGGACAGAGGCAGUCAUUUCCCGGUGUCAAAGUACAGGAAGUACUGUCCGGCCGGAUGUGCAGCGGUGACAGGAGACGUGUCUGGGGACAUUUCCCUGGGCUACAGACAUACAUCAGUUUUGUGUAAAUCAGCGGUGCAUGCUGGGGUCAUCAUGGACCAGUUUGGAGGACCAAUCACAGUGGAGGAGCGCCGAGGGCUCAGUCACUACCCUGCGGUCAGAGCCAACGGCAUCCAGUCAAAAGAUGGCUCGUUGUCUGAAACCCUCUUCACAUUUGUGACAAACGAUUGCAGUCAACAGACUGUUCUUCAACCUGUGAGCACUACUACAAGCUUGUCAUCACACAAUAUCUCUUCUGACGGGUCUGAAGUCGACUGGUUUCCUAACAGCACCCAACCGGGUGUCUCUGAUGACCUUAACAAUAACCAUCUAAAAUGGCUCCAGAUUGACCUCGGAGAAAAGAGGAGGAUCACAGGUAUUCUGACCACAGGCUUGACCAUUGCAGGCUUUGAAAAUUUUGUAAAAAACUACAAGAUCGAGUACAAAGAGAGGAGUCGCUGGCGAACAUUUGUCCAGUAUAAUAACUCUGAUGAUAUGAUCUUUGAAGGAAAUACUGAUGGCCUCCACCAAACACGCAACACCUUCCAUCCCUCCAUCGUAGCACGAAGCAUUCGAGUCAUACCUCAACAGUGGCACCGGAUAAUCGCUAUGAGAGUGCAGCUACUGGGCUGUCCUUAUGUUAAACCCAUCCCAGCAGUGAAUUCAUCGUCUCUGGUGACACAGGAGGCACAGCCUACACAGCCCAUUCACGAUGACAUGACCAAACCAGUGGCCUCUCAGGCUGAUCUUGUCAAUCUGGUCAUAAUAAUUGUGCCCACCAUUCUGCUUGUGGUCUUGCUUCUGGUGGGAAUCUGCGUGGUUAAAAUGCUAUACAAUAAGAAGACAAAGGAGAACACAUAUGGCUCUGCGGAGACACAUACAGGCUGUUGGGGACAGAUAAAACAACCGUUUGCCAGGCACCAGUCCACAGAGUUCACCAUCAAGUACAGCUCUGAGAAAGACCCCAUCCAGAAGCUGGACCUGGUAACCAGUGCAAUGGCAGCUGAGUACCAGCAGCCUCUCAUGCUUGGCACAGACACUGUGUCACGAAAAGGCUCAACGUUCAGACCCAUGGACACCGAGACCAAAGACAAGGACAUCGAGGCAACUUCUCACUAUGACCACCUGCAGACGGGCAUUCAGUAUGCCCUACCACUGACCAAUCAGGAGCCAGAAUACGCCACGCCCAUCAUCGAGCGCCACGCCUUCCGCAAAGAUCCUUUCCUUCCGGAUCCCAGCUACAGCGUCCCAGGCGUUGUAUUAAACAAAAGCCCGUCGUUUCGAGCGGUGGAGGGAAGUAACUGUAGGAAAGUGAUCGGAGGGCUGGCCGGGGGCUACCAGGCGGCCCACGUCAAAACAGACAGGGGAAAUUACCCAGAAGACAUCUACGACAGCCCUAAAAUCCAGAAGCCCGUCAUGCAGAACGGGAGUUGCUCGGAGUACCAGAAACCCCAGAUUAAAUCCCAGGUUCAAGAGUGCUAUUCCACUCCCAGAGACUGCGUCAGACUGCCUUUCUCCGGACUAAGGCCAGACCCCGAGGGAAGCAGCUCAGAAGGAAGCUGAGAAGACUCGUACUGUGAUGUUGCCUGAUUUACUCAACAGAAUCACCUCCAGACUCUACUUAACUUAUUUGUGCAUGAGGAACAACUUGUUUUUGCUUUUUUGCGGAGGCCGUAAAGGAUGUGAUCAAUUUGUGUAAUUUAACAAUUUUUUGGUAUACAUGAUGUACUUUUUUUUUUUUUUUUUUACCUUUUUUUUUUAAGUUUUGUUUUAAAUCAAAUGCAAUAUGCAGAUAUUUGUAGGAGACAAAUGCGUUCAUUCCCUAAUCGGACACAAACUGUGAAUGCAAGCCAGAUUUUCAUGUGUUCUACAAUGUGACCAUCCUCUCAAUCUUCUCAGACUCUGCUUCAAAUAUCCUUAAAGGACAAUUUCACUGAUUUUCAACCAUCUUUGCAUUGUUUAAAUGUUGGUUAUGUAAGUGUUCAAUGCAUAGGACUCUUUGUCCAUGUUAAAUCCCUAUUUAUUUGUUUCCAAAAAGACUUUUGACAGCCAGGUGAUGUUUUGUGUCAUCUGUUGACUUUUGCUGACAGAAACUGGUAUAUUUGGGUUUUGGUAUGAU